AUGGCUUUACAGUUGUCCAAACGUGAAGUAGAAGACCUAAGAUCUUCCCUCGAUCGUGCAAUCUACAGAACUAUAGGAAAAUCAGAUAGUUCACUGCUAUAUACGGUGUCUUCAUGCCUGACAAACGGGUACGAACGCCGUAAGAUUAUAGAUAAAAUAUCAUCGCACAUAGAUUCCAAGAAGGCGAGCAAACUAGCUGACAAGAUUAUAGCCCUCGCACAGGAGCUUAUCUCAUCUUCGAAGAGCCAGAAACGGAAAUAUGAUGACAAGGAGAAAGAUAAAGAUAGUAAAAGAUCUCGUCAUGACUCCCGCGAAGAGAGACGGGAGAGAGAUGACAAAGAGAGAAAGAGUGACAACGGAGAGGAGAUACCGAGCAUUACAGAGGGAGAGACUAUUGGAUCAAAGAUGACCGGACUCAGUGCGGAUAAGAUCAAGGUGAUGAUGGCGAACGCUCAGAAGGAGAUUGAGGAGAGGAAACGAGCUCUCAUGGCCAUCAAGGGGGAAUCUCGGAACGUUAGCACGGCUGCGGCCGCCGCUCAGCAGCUUAGGGCUCACGUGGCGGGGGGCAUAGCACCCCCCAGUGUCAUCAAACCGAUACUGUACUCUAAACCAGCCGCUACCCCAAUAACAGCUGAGGAAUUGGAGAAGCAGAGGAAGAUAGCGGAGCUGCAGGCCAGGAUACAGAGGAAACUGGCGGGCGGAGCCCUGGCCGCGGCCGGGGGCUCCGGGCCUGCGCCCCUCAUACUGGAUAGAGAGGGGCGGACUGUGGACACGAGCGGGAAGAGGGUGCAGCUGACACAUGUGGCGCCUACACUGAAGGCUAACAUAAGGGCGAAGCGCCGCGAGGAGUUCCGCGCCCAGCUCAGCGGUCAGACGACCGAAGCCGUCACCGAAGCCCCCUGGCAGGACGAGAGGCUCGCUAGCAAGCCCCCGGCGAGAACCAAACGGGCGCUUCGGUUCCACGAACCGGGGAAGUUCACUCAACUAGCUGAAAGACUCAGAAUGAAGGCCCAGUUGGAGAAGCUUCAGACAGAGAUAUCACAAAUAGCUCGGAAGACUGGCAUCUCAUCCGCCACUAAACUGGCGCUACUGGCGGCCGACACACCGGAAGCACAGAGAGUACCGGAUAUAGAGUGGUGGGACAGCGUGAUCUUAAUGACGGCCGAGGAGAGGGAGGCGCGGGGCAGGGAGGGGGCGGGGCAAGAGGGGCGGAGCCACAGCGAGCGAGUGGAGGCGUGCAACACCGGGGGAGAAGAUAUAGUCGACAACCUGAACGAAGACGCCAUCACCAACCUGGUAGAACAUCCGCAACAAUUAAGACCGCCCACCGAACCUCUCAAACCGACUUAUAUGCCGGUGUUUCUCACUAAGAAAGAGAGGAAGAAGCUCCGCAGACAAAGUAGGAGGGAGGCUUGGAAGGAGGAACAGGAAAAAGUGCGCUUGGGAUUGGAGGCGCCUCCUGAACCUAAACUAAGGAUAUCCAACCUAAUGCGUGCGUUAGGCACAGAAGCGGUUCAAGAUCCCACGGCUAUAGAGGCGCGGGUCCGCGAACAAAUAGCAAGGAGACAGAAGACGCAUCUGGACGCGAACAAGGCGCGCGCACUGACGAAGGAUCAACGGAGAGAGAAGGUGGACAGGAAGAUACGCGAGGAUACUUCUAUGGGGGUUCACGUGGCGGUGUACAGAGUGAAGGACCUGUUCGAGAGCGCGUCGGCCAAGUUCAAGGUGGAGGUGAACGCGCGCCAGCUGCACAUGACGGGCGUGGUGCUGCUGCACCGGUCCUGCUGCGUGCUGGUCGUCGAGGGCGGGCCCAGACAGCAGCACAAGUACAAACGUUUAAUGCUGCAGAGAAUAAAAUGGGAGGAAGAAAUGGUGAAGAAUGAUGAUGAUACGGAGGGACCGAACUCAUGCAACCUCGUGUGGGAGGGAGUGGCUGCGAGGAGGGCCUUCGGAGAUAUUAAGUUUAAGGUGAUGCCGACAGAGAAGCAGGCGAGGGAGUUCUUCGCUAAGCACGGUGUUGAGCACUACUGGGACCUCGCGUACAGCGGGGCCGUGCUGGGGCCCGCUGAGGAGCCCUAG